AUGCUUAAAAAGAAAAAGUCUCUUGUUGUCAAAGUUAUCCUUCUGGUUCCUAUAGUAUGGUUCUGCGCUUUAAUAUAUUUUGCUGCAACUGAUAGUGGAUAUACGAAGAUUGAUGAUUUACCAGUAAAGCCUAUUCGGCCUCAAAGGCUGAGCAAUAACCAAGUUAUUGUUGGCAUCGGAGAUCCUAUUGAACCAGAAGAUAAAGUUCUGCAAAAUAUUGAAGAAGAUCCCAAAUCAGAUGGCAAUAACGACAAAGCCAAUAUUCCUAAACCCGGUGGCUUUGUACCCUUUGGUCCUGAUUCUCCUAUUUACAAACGUGGAGAUACUACUCAAGAGGGAGAAGAAGGCAAAGCUGUGAAGAUAGAUAAGACUAAGUUAUCGGCAGAGGAAAAGAAAAAAUACGAUAAGGGAAUGCUGGAUAACGCAUUCAACCAGUACGCCUCUGAUCUCAUUUCUGUUCAUCGAACACUUCCUGCUAACGUAGACAAAGAAUGUAAAACUGAAAAGUACAAAGAUAAUUUGCCUGAUACAUCUGUCAUUGUUUGUUUCCACAAUGAAGCAUGGUCUGUACUUCUUCGGACAGUUCAUUCUGUUUUGGAACGAACUCCUGAUGAGUUGCUCAAAGAAAUCAUAUUAGUUGAUGACUUCUCAGAUAUGGAACACACGAAAAAACCGCUUGAAACAUAUAUGGCUCAAUUCCCUAAAGUUCGCAUUCUCCGAAUGGAACAGCGAGAAGGGUUAAUUCGUGCUCGCUUACGUGGUGCCGAAAUUGCUCAUGGAAAAGUACUAACAUAUCUAGAUUCCCAUUGUGAAUGUAUGGAAGGUUGGAUUGAACCUCUUUUGGAUCGAAUCAAACGUGACCCUACAACAGUUGUAUGUCCUGUUAUUGAUGUUAUUGAUGACAACACCUUUGAGUACCAUUAUUCGAAGGCAUAUUUCACUAAUGUUGGAGGUUUUGACUGGGGUUUGCAAUUUAAUUGGCAUGCGAUUCCGGAGAGAGAUCGUAAAAAUAGAACAAGAGCAAUAGAUCCUGUCAGAUCUCCCACUAUGGCAGGAGGACUCUUCUCAAUUGAUAAAAACUAUUUCGAGAAGUUAGGAACAUACGAUCCUGGUUUCGACAUUUGGGGUGGUGAGAACUUGGAAUUAUCAUUCAAGAUUUGGAUGUGUGGAGGAACACUUGAGAUCGUCCCAUGUUCCCAUGUAGGACAUGUUUUCCGUAAACGUUCACCAUACAAAUGGAGAACUGGUGUAAACGUUUUGAAGAAGAAUUCCGUCCGUCUAGCUGAAGUUUGGCUUGAUGAGUAUAAACAAUACUAUUACGAGCGAAUCAAUAAUGCUAUAGGCGAUUUCGGUGAUGUUUCUGACAGAAAAGCUCUUCGUCAAAACCUGGGUUGUAAAUCGUUCAAAUGGUAUUUGGAUAACAUUUUCCCAGAACUUUUCGUUCCUGGAGAGUCGGUUGCUAAAGGAGAGGUGCGGAACCAAGGUGCUGUGGGGUCAAAUUAUCGUUGUCUUGAUUGCAUGGUUAACAGGCACGAAAAGAACAAACCUGUCGGCUUAUAUCCUUGUCAUGGUCAGGGCGGAAACCAGUACUGGAUGUUUUCUAAAGACGGAGAAAUCAGAAGAGACGAGUCUUGUGUAGAUUAUGCAGGACAGGAUGUUAUGAUCUUCCCUUGUCACGGAAUGAAGGGUAAUCAAGAAUGGAGAUAUAAUCAUGAUACGGGUCGAUUACUCCAUGGUGUGUCCCAAAAGUGUCUGGAGAUGUCUAAGGAGGGUGCAAAACUGUUGAUGCAGCCAUGUGAUUCCAGCAACAAAUAUCAGAAAUGGAAGUUCAAAGAAUACAGUCCUGAGAAAGCUGAGCAGUACAAUGUAAUUGUUCCAAAUUAA